AUGUCUUCGUUGACAGAAAUGCAUUACCCGCCAACCGACGCAAUUGCGCCCACGGCAUCGUCCUCCUCGCCUCCAGCUUCCACACCCUCUCCAUCGACCUCGAGUGCUACCACGGCCCAUUCCUCUGCUACGCGCCGACCUCCUCGCAAAAGCACCCUGACUCAACAGCAGAAAAACAACAAACGUCAACGUGCAACUCAGGAUCAGCUUGUCCUUCUGGAGAUCGAAUUCAACAAAAACCCGACACCCACUGCAGCUACCAGAGAGCGCAUUGCUUCGGAUAUUAACAUGACGGAGCGGUCUGUUCAAAUCUGGUUCCAGAACCGUCGCGCUAAAAUCAAGAUGCUGGCGAAAAAGAGCAUUGAGACUGGUGAGGGAUGCGAUUCUAUCCCAGAAUCCAUGCGACACUAUCUCGCGAUGCAGUUUGACCCGAACAAGCCUGGCGCAAGAGACCCCUUUGGACGUACUGGCGCAUAUGGCCCGCCGAGCAUGUACGCAAACGAGACCAACCCUUCUGGCAAAGUUGUGAUCUCUCAUUUCACUUGUCGUUCCUUGACUGUCGGCAGCUGGCGGCGCAUUGGGCAAAACGCCAUGGACUUGGUCGUUUUCUAUUCCCCUGAUAAGGCAUGCAUGACGUAUUAUAUCAACAACGAUGCUGCUGGCUAUAAGAUCGAGUAUCCGUUCGCUUAUAUCAAGAACAUCACCUUGGAAACCGGUGAUCCAAGCCCUGGGCCGAAUGGGGAACCACCUCGACCAGGCGGUCUUGUCGUGGAACUGAACCGCCCGCCGCACUUUUACAUGGACUCAUCUAACUCUGGAGGGUUUUAUCAGUGCGGUGAUUUCACCGAGGAACAGCAAGCUAGUCAGAUCAUGGUUCAUCACCUGGGAGGCCAUCCCAAGGUCUUGAGCGUUCAGCUUGCCAAGCUUGUGUCGUUGGAGUCCUUCCAGAACCGCCUGGCUUAUUAUAACAACAGCUUUACCAUGCCGGCUGUGAUGUCUCCGCCAUUCAUCCAGCGUCCUGCAUCUCAGCCUAACCAGUUUGUUGCUCCCACUUACAUGAACUUGUAUCAGGACAGCAACCACUUGGGUUUCAACAUGCCAGCUGCUCGCGGCCACAAACGCCAACGAAGCCGUUCAGUACCUGUUGCAGUUGAUAUCUCGUCAUUCCAGAGUCCCAUGUCUUCCUUCCACGUGCCUCCUCCACCCCCAUUCAACCACACGGAGGCAGGCAUCUACGCACCCGUUCCACAGUCAGUGCACCAUCUUCCCACCGACCUGCGCAUCGACACCCAAGGAUAUGGACUGGAUUUCCGUACCAACCCCAUGUCCGCGACGACCACCGGAUCACCUACCGACUUCGCCAGUCCCAUGUACAGCAACGGUGGCCAGGGCGAGAUCACGCCAGUCGCCAGCAUGGCGCCUCAGUUUAAUGUGCCAUUCGUCUCGGGCGGUUCAACCGAUGCCUCGGCAAUGGGCUCCCAUGCUCCAUCCCCUUACUCCAGCAUGAGCCCUGCAGACCCGCUGAUUGCAAACCACUCACCGCCACUGUCCAACAUAUCGCACGGCUCCUCCGAUAUGUAUGGUUUCUCCCAUGACCAGCAAACUGGCUUCGAUGACGGUCUUUCGAUGAACGAUAUGUACUCCAAGCAUCACGUCAACUAUGGCGUUUCCCACGAAAGCCCCAGCUUCGAACUGCCCAUGCAUGGCCUCUCUGCCCACCCUUCUCCUGGCAUGGGUGAUUACUCCCACGGUAUGGCUAACUUGGAUGAGAUCAACUCCCAGGGCAUGCCGACUGGGUCAUGA